AAACCUUUUUCCCCUUUUGCAUGCAGUGGGUUUUAGUUUAGAGGCUGAAACCGAAGAAGAAAGGAUUCUGGGAGAAAAGCAUUGACACUACAAUAAAUAGUCUCAAAGUCUCUCUCUUUGAAGGAGAAGUCCGCCAUUUGCGCUUUCACUCUCACCACACUCUCUUCACUCAGAUUCUCCCUCUUUUCACCUGCAAAAACCCUUGUUACUCGUUGUUUGAUUUCGUCUCCAGUUCAGUAAUCAAACGGGCCAAACAAGCUGCUGGACGGAGAAAUCCUCCGUCGAUUCUUAGCAUCUUCAUCAGGGGUUCUAGAAGCAGAGAUUGUUGGAAUCACAUUCGGUCUUGCUACUCACCAUCAAAUCCAUCAAAUAGUGACGCUGCGAUCAAUCAUGCUAGCCAACUGUCUAACUCUUUCUUAGGCCUACCUCUGGAGUUUGGCAAAUGUGAGUCUUGCGGUGCGACAGAAGUAGAUAAAUGUGAAGGUCAUUUUGGGUAUAUUGAUCUGCCAGUGCCAAUAUACCAUCCUGCACAUGUUAGUGAGCUGAAGCAGAUGCUGAGCCUUCUGUGCUUGAAAUGCCUGAAGAUAAAGAAGGUCAAGAGUUCAAGUGGUGGGCUUGCGGAGCAAUUAUUAAAUGUCUGUUGUGAGGAUGCAUCGAACGUCUCAAUCAGAGAAAAAGUAUCAGAUGGUGCCUCAUAUCUAGAAUUGAAGCUCCCAUCUAGGUCAAGGUUGCAUGCGGGUUGCUGGAGUUUCCUGGAAAGAUAUGGUUAUCGCUAUGGAAGCGAUUAUACACGGCCCCUGCUGGCAAGAGAGGUCGUAAAGAAUAUUUUAAAACGGAUUCCCAAAGAAACAAGGAAGAAACUCACAGCAAAGGGACAUAUUCCUCAAGAAGGAUACAUAAUAGAAUAUCUUCCAGUCCCGCCUAACUGUUUGUCAGUGCCAGAUGUUUCUGAUGGUUCCAGCUCCAUGUCAGUGGAUCCUUCCAGAAUUGAGCUCAAAGAUGUACUUAGGAAAGUGAUAUCCAUAAACAACUCUAGGUCUGGCGAGACAAACUUUGAGUCGCAUAAGGCUGAAGCCAACGACAUCUUUAGAGUGGUGGAUAACUACCUGCGGGUGAGGGGAACUGCCAAAGCUACAAGGAAUAUCGAUAUGAGAUACGGGGUGUCUAAGAUCUCAGACAGUUCCUCUUCAAAAGCUUGGAUAGAAAAGAUGAGAACUCUUUUCAUUCGAAAGGGGUCAGGCUUCUCUUCUCGCAGCGUCAUCACUGGGGAUGCUUACAGAAAUGUGAAUGAGGUUGGGAUCCCUAUGGAAAUUGCACAUAGAAUCACAUUUGAGGAGAGGGUUAGCGUGCACAAUAUAGGUUAUCUACAAGUGUUAGUGGACAACAAGAUGUGCUUGAGCUAUACUCAAGGUUCUACAACCUAUUCUCUAAGGGAUGGUUCCAAGGGGCACACUGUGCUUAAACCCGGGCAGAUUGUUCAUCGCAGGGUCAUGGAUGGGGAUGUAGUGUUUAUCAACCGACCCCCGACAACACAUAAGCAUUCUCUGCAAGCACUUCGGGUGUAUGUGCAUGAAGACAACACAGUGAAGAUCAACCCUCUGAUGUGUGCCCCCCUCAGUGCUGAUUUUGAUGGUGAUUGUGUCCAUCUGUUCUACCCACAGUCACUUACCGCUAAGGCAGAGGUUAUGGAACUCUUCUCUGUGGAUAAGCAACUGCGUAGCUCACAUACUGGGCAGCUGAUUUUGCAGAUGGGUUGUGAUUCUUUGCUGUCUCUGAGGGUUAUGAUGGAGCAGGUGUUUUUGGACAAGGCAACUGCUCAACAGUUAGCUAUGUAUGGCGCUCUGUCUCUGCCACCACCAGCACUAAGAAAGUCCAGUAAAUCUAGCCCGACUUGGACAGUUUUCCAAAUUCUACAGCUUGCCUUUCCUGAGCGUCUGAGUUGCAAAGGGGCCAGGUUCAUGGUCGGUGGAAGUGAUUUGCUGUGCUUUGAUUUUGGAGCUGAUGCGAUGGCUUCUAUCAUGAAUGGAAUCGUAACUGCCAUCAUGCUGGAGAAGGGUCCAAAGGCGGCACUGGGAUUUUUUGAUUCGCUGCAACCUCUUUUGAUGGAACAUCUCUCUGCUCAGGGAUUCAGUGUAAGUUUGGAGGACUUAUCCAUGUCUAGGGAAGACAUGAAUGUUAUUCACACUCUUAUCACCGAGGAGAUUUCUCCUAUGGUGUCUCGUUUGAGAUUGUCGUACGAAGAUGAACUGCAACUGGAGAACAGCAUCCAUAAAGUGAAGGAAGUGGCUGCUAACUUCAUGCUGAAGUCAUAUUCCAUACGGAAUUUGAUUGACAUCAAGAGCAACUCAGCAAUAAACAAGCUGGUGCAGCAGAUAGGUUUCCUGGGUCUUCAGCUUUCUGACAAGAAGAAGUUCUACACAAAGACUCUGGUGGAUGACAUGGCUCAGUUUUGUAAGAAAAAGUAUGGUAGGAUUUCUUCUUCAUCUGGAGAUUUUGGAAUUGUGAAGGGCUGCUUUUUUCACGGGCUGGAUCCCUAUGAAGAAAUGGCUCAUUCAAUUGCGGCAAGGGAGGUCAUUGUUCGCUCUUCGAGAGGGUUAUCUGAGCCUGGGACACUCUUCAAGAAUCUGAUGGCUGUUCUCCGGGACAUUGUGAUUACUUACGAUGGAACCGUAAGAAACACAUGCAGUAACUCGAUAGUCCAGUUCAACUAUGAAGUGGAUUCUGACAAUGGGCAUCAAGGUUUGUUUGAAGCGGGAGAACCUGUUGGAGUAUUGGCAGCUACUGCCAUGUCAAAUCCUGCCUAUAAAGCAGUGCUUGAUUCCUCUGCAAGUAGCAAUUCAUCAUGGGAGCUAAUGAAGGAAGUUCUACUCUGCAAAGUCAACUUCCAAAACACUGCCAAUGAUCGGCGUGUGAUUCUGUAUUUGAAUGAAUGCCGCUGUGGGGAAAAGUUUUGCCAGGAAAAUGCUGCUUACACAGUUAGGAACAAGCUGAAGAAAGUUAGCCUUAAAGAUACUGCUGUGGAGUUUCUAGUCGAAUACAGAAAGGAACAAGCAAUUUCUGAACUUUUUGGAAAUGAGUCAUGCCUACGUGGCCAUAUUCAUCUCAAUAAGACAUUGUUGCAAGAGUGGAACAUCAGUAUGCAGGAUAUACAUCAAAAGUGUGAGGAUGCAAUCAGUUCACUCGUACAAAAGAAAAAGAAAAAGGCUGACGACUUCAAGAAAACGAAUUUGUCUGUCAGUGAGUGUUGCUCUUUCCGAGAUCCAUGUGCGAGCAAAGAGCCCGAUAUGCCGUGCUUGAUGUUUUCGUGCUACAAUGCCACCGAUCCUGAUCUGGAAAGGACUCUUGAUGUUCUCCGCAGUACCAUUUACCCCUUUCUGCUGGAAACAGUGAUCAAAGGUGAUCCACGGAUUCUCUCAGCAAAUAUAAUUUGGAAUAGUCCAGAAACGACAACCUGGAUCCGGAGUCGUCAUGCGUCCCGACGGGGGGAAUGGGUUUUGGAUGUCACCGUUGAAAAGUCUGCUGUCAAGCAAAGUGGUGAUGCGUGGAGGGUUGUUAUCGAUUCUUGUCUUUCAGUGCUUCAUCUAAUAGACACAAAACGGUCGAUCCCAUAUUCUAUAAAGCAAGUGCAAGAGUUGCUUGGCUUAUCCUGUGCUUUUGAGCAAGCAGUUCAGCGUCUCUCAGCUUCCGUGAGAAUGGUCUCCAAAGGAGUCUUGAAAGAACAUAUCAUUCUCGUAGCAAACAACAUGACCUGUUCAGGGAAUAUGUUGGGUUUCAAUUCUGGAGGUUACAAGGCUUUGACUCGAUCCUUGAACAUCAAGGCUCCAUUCGCAGAAGCAACUCUGAUUACACCAAGGAGAUGCUUUGAGAAAGCUGCUGAGAAAUGUCAUACAGAUUCUCUAUCAACAGUCGUUGGGGCUUGUUCUUGGGGAAAACGAGUGGGUGUUGGUACAGGGUCAAAGUUUGAGCUUCUGUGGAACAAAAAAGAGACUGGUCUAGAAAAUGAAGACGAAACAGAUGUAUACAGCUUUGUCCAAAUGGUCAGACCCACGAAAAAUGCAGAUGCAUAUGUUUCUUCCCCUGGUUUUGAUGUUACAGACGAAGACAUGGCUGAAUGGGCUGACUCACCCGAGCGAGACGCUGCUCUUGGAAAGCCCAAAUUUGAGGACAGUGCCGAGUUCUUAAACAUACAUGAUGAAGGUGCUGGUGGUGGCUCAGAAUGGGGAUUCUCGAAUAAUACAGGUGGUGAGGAAGACCCGCAGUCUGCUUGGGGAAAGACAACAAAUGUUGAGAAGGAAGAUGCUUCGUCUGGUUGGAACACUAAAAAAGAUGCUCCUGGAUCUUCCAAUUCAGAUUCAUGGGGUGCUUGGGGAUUAAAGACAAAAGAUGACGAUGCAAACACAACACCGAACUGGGAAACAAGACCAGCUGAGAAGGAUUCCUUUGUCACAGACAACAAUGAGCCUUCUUCUUUUGAAGCAGGAUCUGUUUCAGACAAAUCCUGGGGGAAAAAGAACUCGGAGACUGAAUCAGCUCCUGCGCCGUGGGGUUCUAGGGACAAGAAGAACUCUGAAACUAAUUUAGAUGCUGCUUCUUGGGGUUCCAGUGACAAAAAGAACCUGGAAACAGAAUCAGAUGCUUCUGCUUGGGGAAGAAAGAACUCAGAAACAGAAUCAGCUCCUGCUGCUUGGGGAAGAAAGAGCUCAGAAACAGAAUCCGCUUCUGCUGCUUGGGGGAAAAAGAGCUCAGAAACAGAAUCAGCUCCUGCUGCUUGGGGAAGAAAGAGCUCAGAAACUGAAUCAGCUCCUGCUGCUUGGGGGAAAAAGAGCUCAGAAACAGAAUCAGCUCCUGCUGCUUGGGGAAGAAAGAGCUCAGAAACAGAAUCCGCUUCUGCUGCUUGGGGGAAAAAGAGCUCAGAAACAGAAUCAGCUCCUGCUGCUUGGGGAAGAAAGAGCUCAGAAACAGAAUCAGCUCCUGCUGCUUGGGGAAGAAAAAGCUCAGAAACAGAAUCCGCUUCUGCUGCUUGGGGGAAAAAGAGCUCAGAAACAGAAUCAGCUCCUGCUUCUUGGGGAAGAAAGAGCUCAGAAACUGAAUCAGCUUCUGCUGCUUGGGGGAAAAAGAGCUCAGAAACAGAAUCAGCUCCUGCUGCUUGGGGAAGAAAGAGCUCCGAAACUGAAUCAGCUUCUGCUGCUUGGGGGAAAAAGAGCUCAGAAACUGAAUCAGCUCCUGCUGCGUGGGGUUCUCGGGUCAAAAAGAAUUCUGAAACUGAAUCAGGUGCUGGUGUUUGGGGUUCCCGGAACAAAGAGAGCUUGGAAACUGAAUCAGGUGGUGCUGCUUGGGGUUCUCAGGCCAAAAAGAAUACUGAAACUGAUUCAGGUGGUUGGGGUACUUGGGACAAAAAGAAAUCAGAAACUGAAUCACGUCCUGCUGCUUUGGGUUCAUGGGACAAAAACAAUUCUGAAAGUGAAUCAGGUGCUACUAAUUGGGGUUCUAAGAACAAAAGUAACUUGGACACUGGAUCAGGUUCUGCUGUUUGGGGUAAGAAGAAUUCUGAAGCUGAACCAGGUCCCGUUGCUUGGGGACAGCCAAGUCCCACUGCUUCAGACAAGGACACAAAAGAAGAUGAUGGAAAUCCGUGGGUUUCCUUGAAGGGGACCAAUAGCGGAGAGAAGGAUGAGACAAGCCAGUGGGGAAUUGCAACCAAGAGAUAUCCAUCUUCUGGCUGGUCCAAUGGUGGUGGUGCUAAUGGUGGCGGUGCCAAUGGUGGUGGUGCAGCCUGGAAGAGUAACCGUCCUCCAAGGACCCCUGGAUCUGAGAAGAGUUUUGCUCCCAUGUUUACAGCAACAAGACAGCGCUUGGACAUGUUCACCUCUGAGGAGCAAGAGCUUCUCGCAGACGUCGAUCCAGUCAUGUGGAGACUCAGGAAGAUAAUGCAUCAGUCCGGGUACACUGAUGGAGAACCAAUCUCGGAUGAUGAUAAGACAUAUGUCCUGGAGCAGAUUUUGAACUACCAUCCAGAGAAAGAUUCUAAGCUUGGUUCCGACUUUUCAUACAGGAAAUGCAUCAUCAACUAUCUGAAGGAGAAGUACCCCAGCCUAGCUGAAGAAUUCAUCGACAAGUACUACAGAAAGCGGGAUAAUGCAAACAGAGACAGGAACAGCCAAGACGCCACACCACCUGGAAACCACACUGGGGAAAAGGAGUCUCAGGCUCAACCUCAGCCUCUUGGUAAUGGAGGUGACGACUCUCAGCCUCAGUCUCAGACUCACGCUGUUGGUGAUGGAAGUGAAGAUUCUCAGCCUCGGUCUCAGGAGACGCAGGCUCAGCCUAUUGGUGAUGGUGAAGAUUCUCAGCCUCAGUCUCAGGAGACGCAGGCUCAGCCUAUUGGUACUGAAGGUAAAGACUCUGAGACACAGCCUUUGGCUUAA